AUGAAGCGCUUCCUCCUGCUAGCGGUCGCCCUCACGCUGCCCCUCGUCGCUGCCGUCGCCUCUACCUCGCCCAGUCCUCAACUCCUCGAUCUCUUGUUCUCGUUUUAUCCAGACGAAGCAACCGAUCCGUGCCACAGUUCCGUGACGAAGGACAAGUGUCUGGCCAAUCACUGCGCCUGGUGCAUCUGCGCGGCUGUGCCGUCGUCCUGUUACUCGCUCCAAGAGGCCAAAGAGCUGCCGCCUACCAUUUUCCAGUGCUCCGAAGGAAAAGAAGAGGAGCUGCCACUCUCGUGGGAGCUCGAGCACGUGCCGUCCACGUCGCUGGAGCUCCGCCGUCUUUUUGAUGCCUGGAAAGCUGAGCACGGCAAGAGCUACGAUUCCAUUGGCCAAAAUGAGCUUCGGCGCGGCAUUUUCGAGGUCAAUGCACGCUCCGUGGCUGCGCACAAUAGCAGACAAGACGCGCCUUCCUUUCGGCUCGAGCUCAAUGAGUUUGCUGACACAACGUGGGACGAGUUCCAGAGCUGGUACUUGGGCAAACCGCAGGAGUGCUCGGCGACUGUCGCUCCAUUCACUGCGGACUUUGUCAUGUACGACCCUGUGCCAGGUGAGAAGGACUGGAGAGAGGAGGGAGCCGUGUCGCCCGUGAAGAACCAAGGCAAGUGUGGCUCGUGCUGGUCGUUCUCGACCACGGGGUGUCUCGAGAGCCACCUGAAGCUCAAACAUGGCGAGUUUACCAUCCUGUCGGAGCAAAACUUGCUCGAUUGUGCACAGGACUUUGACAAUCAUGGCUGCAAUGGCGGACUGCCGUCGCACGCUUUCGAGUACGUCAAGUACAAUGGCGGCUUGGACACGGAAGACUCGUACCCGUACGAGGCAAAGGAAGGCAAGUGUAAGUUUAACACCUACCACGUGGGUGCGCAAGUGGAUCGGGUGGUGAACGUCACGUCGCAAGACGAAGUGGAGCUGAUGGUGGCUGUGGGCACGGUCGGCCCUGUCAGCAUUGCGUUUCAAGUGGUGUCGGACUUUCGCUUUUACAAGUCUGGCGUGUAUGAGUCGAGCGAGUGUCGCUCUGGUGAGAAGGAUGUCAAUCACGCUGUGCUUGCUGUGGGCUACGGCGUGGAAGACGGCAAGGACCAUUGGAUCGUCAAGAACAGCUGGGGUGCCAAGUGGGGCAUCGAUGGUUUCUUCCAGAUUGCGCGUGGCCACAACAUGUGCGGCUUGGCAGAUUGUGCUUCGUAUCCUGUCGUGGCGUAA